CAGGCUGCGGUCACACCUCAAUCACUUUUCUAUUUUGGUCGUCCGCUGUUUUAUUUAUGUUUGCGAUGGGAAAAUUGUGUUGUUAAUUGUGCUUAAAUAGGUACAUAAUACACCUAAAGGGCGUCUCUGGCGGUAUUAAAUGCACUACACACAAGUGCAGCCAAAGUAAACGAGUAUUGCGGGCGUUUUGGGAUUGCCGUUGCAUCGACCAGAAAUAGAAAAUCGGGCAGUUUCUACCUGCAAUAUACACAAAUGUAUAUAGUGAAAAGCGUGCUCUCCUUGGCAUAUAACUAAUAGUGUAUAUAAUUAUAAGGGUGCCCCGACCAUAAGAAAAGUGACGAAACCAACGAGUGGCAGGGAAAAGAGCGGAGGCCUAGGAAAAUCCACUAUUACUCACUCUUCUAUUUCCUGCUCGAUCUACGAACGACCACCACCUCGACGAGAACAACAACAAACGGAGCAACAAAUGUUUGUUAAAACGGAACGCAGCUGAAGUUGAAGAAAUCUAGAGCGGACCCGCAGCAGCAGCCUUGAAGAGCCAACAAUGGAGCAGCCACUGGUGGUGCAGGCGGAGUACUCCUUCAUGGGCAGCAACAACGACGAGCUGUGCUUCCAAAAAGGCGACAUUAUCACGGUCACCCAGCGGGAGGAUGGCGGCUGGUGGGAGGGUACGCUGAACGACAAGACUGGCUGGUUUCCCAGCAACUAUGUCAACGAGUGCAAGGUGCAGCUGCCUCUGGCGGAGACUAUCCGGCCGCCGGAGGAGAUCCAGGAGUACCGCUCCGUGGUGCUCAAAGAUCUGCUUGACUCGGAGCGAGCUCAUGUGGCCGAGCUGCAGGGUCUGCUUGAGAAUUUCCUGGAGCCCAUGCAACAGACACAAAUACUCAGCCAGGAUGAGUACGCCCAGUUGAUGUGCAACUUUGUGGAGAUUGUGCGCACCCACGAGGAUCUGCUCAUCCAGAUCGAGGAGUGCAAUGAUCGUGUGGGAAAGCUAUUUCUUACCAGUGCCCCGUUGAUGAAGAAGGUUCACCAGGCCUACUGUGCGGCCCAUCCCAAGGCGAUUGUCAUUUUGGACAAAUACAAGGAUGACCUAGAAAAAUACAUGGAGCGACAGGGUGCUGCCACGCCCGGCUUACUAGUGCUCACCACGGGUCUCUCGAAGCCCUUCCGGCGCCUGGACAAAUACUCGGCCAUGCUGCAGGAGCUGGAGAGGCACAUGGAGAGCAGCCAUCCGGACAGAGGGGAUACUCAGCGCAGUGUGGCUGUUUACAAGGAUAUAGCGGCCACCUGUUCGGCCACGCGGCGACAGAAGGAGCUGGAACUGCAGGUGCUGACCGGUCCAGUGCGUGGCUGGCAGGGCCAGGAGCUGAGCACACUGGGCGAUAUCAUACACAUGGGCAGCGUGGCUGUGGGAGCUGAUCAUCGCGAUCGCUACUUUGUACUCUUCCCCCAAACGUUGCUCUUCCUGAGCGUGAGUCAGCGAAUGAGUGCCUUCAUUUACGAGGGUAAACUGCCGCUGACUGGGAUCAUUGUAAAUCGUCUGGAGGACACGGAUGCCAUCAAGAAUGCCUUUGAGAUCAGCAGUCCUCUGAUCGAUCGCAUAGUGGCUGUUUGCCAGGGCCCCAACGAGGCCAACAAGUGGGUGGAGCUGCUCAAUGCCAACAAUCCCAGCCUGCCGAUGGGCAUCAAGCGGCAGCUAAGCAACCUGAGCAACUCCUCGGUGGGACACCUGAAUGCGGCUCAUAUGUCGCCGCCAUCGAACCACAGCGUGUUGCUGCUGCCACCCGGAGGCCGUCUGCCGGCCACGCCCAGCAGCAACAUCCCUCAGGCCAGCAGCAACAGCGGCGGCGGGAGCAGCAGCCAUCAGGGCUCGCCGGCCACCAACUCGAUGUCACAACACAAACGGAGCCAGUCGUUCAACCAUCACCUCAGCUACAAUCAGUACACGCACACUCAGCCUCCACCACAUCAUCUGCAUCCACCACAACCACCAAGUCUGCCAAGUCAUCUGGGGGCAGCCGGCCCCAGAUCAAGUUCAGUCCAGACACCAAGCAGCAAGACAGCAGCUCCGGCCCUGGGGUCAGCCAUGGACGGCAGCAGUCCAGCGGCAGCGGCAGCAGCAGCGGUGGCAGCGGCAGCGGGGGGGCCAAACGCAAGGAAAGGAAGCACAAAGGCUAACUGGACCAUCAGUUGCCUGCGUCCCACGCCGCCCUUGCGGCCCAGUUUGUUGAACGCCACCAGCGGCUCCUCUGGAAGCGGCAGUGGGAGCGGUAGCGGCAGUAGCUCCAGCAAUGCUUUGGCCAGCUACUGCAGCGGCAGGAAGAACCAGCAGCCCACCUACGAGGAGGACGCUUUGGUGCUGCGCGUGUUUGAAGCGUACUGUGCCGCCUACCAGAACAGUGCCAGGAACACCAUCCACUCGGCCUUGCAACCCUGGACUCCAUGUCUGCCCAUCCGCGGUGGCAAGCUGAAAACGAGCAAAACCUUCUCGACCUCCAAUCCCCAGCUGCCUUUUAUAGCCAACGCCGCUGGCACCUCACCCUACCUCAAUCAGCAGCAGCAGCAGCAGCAACAGCAUCUCCACCAGCCUCCACAGGGUCGCCAACAGUCGGCCGGCAGCCUGAAUUCCUCCUUCAUUUGGCGCGAGGCCAGUCCCAACAACUUUAACCUGUACUCCAGUUCGGUGUCCUCCUCCCUAAAUGCCACGCCAGCUCAGAGGUACUCCCUGUCAGGAGCAGGCGGCGGUUCGCCCUCCAUCAAGGAUUACCAGAGAGCUCUGUCGGAGGAGAGGGCCACUAGGAAAUCGCUGAACCGCUUGAAAAGUGGCUUUGGAUCGGGCUACGACAAUGUCUGCACCUCACCGCUGCUGCCCAGAAAGAACAAGCCGACCCCCAAGUUGGUGGCAACCCAACAGCAAUCGUACCAGCGAUCUCCAGGCAACAACCAGGCGACCACCACCAUUGUGAAACCGAAUCCCGGUGGCCAUCCUGGACUCUACGAUCGCCGGCUAAAUCGCUCCUUCGAGACCUCCACUUCGCAUCGCUAUGCGGGCUAUGGAGCUGGCUAUCUGAUGAACUGCGGCGGGGCCUUGAGAACCAGCACGCUUCAGAGGAGCACACCCCAGUUGGCGGGCGGAGAACGAUCGGAUGACAGUGAUGUGGAGCGAGAGCUGAUCCGGGGGAAUGGAGCGGGUCCAUCGGCAAACUUGGAGCUUAACGCCGAUGGAAGCAAACGGCAGUCGGGGAGCUGGUGUUGCGGUAAUUUUGUGAUGAAACAGUGGCGAAAGAUCAACCAUCUUUGAGUCGGGGAGUCGGGAGACAUCAUGCUGUCAUCAGUCAUCCCCAUAAGCAUCCUCAGUAUCAGUCUCAGUCUCAGUCUCAGCCUCUGUCUCAGUCUCAGCAUACUGCAUACCGCAUACCGCCGCAUCGCCGCCUGCUGCUCCUGCUCCAGAUUCAGAUUCAAAUUCAGAUACAGAUACAAAAUGCAGAUGCUUUGCUUUUGAAUGCGCUCAAUGUGCGAAAUGUUUAUUAAUUUUUAGUUGAUUUCUUGGCUGCGCAAAGCUUUCAAUGCCACAAGCCUUAGAUUCUAGACCAACGAUCGAUUUAUACAAGAAAAACGAAUGGACAAAUAAUUUGUAUUCAUUAUGAAUGUACAAACUGUCUUAAGCUUAUGCGCCUUGAUGUUUCUGCAGUGGAUUUUGCUAAGCCAACAAAAAAGAACUAAACCUGAAUUAAGAAAAAUUAAUUAAUUAAUUGAAAGAAUUAAUCAAGCGAAUUCCACUGCAUUUAGACUGUACUUAGCUACAUUUGUGCUUAGCUUGUAUUGUUUUAUAUAUCGUAACUUUAAUUUAAUAACUUUAAAGUGUAAUCUAGUUGUGGGGGGAAAAGACUUGGCAAAAAGAUUUAUAUUUCUUUAGAGCUGCUAUUUGAUGUUUUUGGGAACCAAGAUGCUUGCCACUAACUGGUUACAUUAUUUUUUGGAAUUUGUUUAGCAAGCCAACACGAAAGGGCUUUAACUUUCCGUCCACGGCCUUAGACUUUAUAUAUUUUUUGUGAAGACGGCCAACACGAGAGUGGAUCACAAUUUUGCCAUGCAAGAAAGCUUGAUUGCCAUAGCCUAAACCUAAACUGUUUACUAGUAAUACUCGUAACUCUAGCCAAGAGAUCUUAUAAUGACAAGGUGAAUAACGACAGGAAAAUGUACUGCUAGCAAAAAAUAAAACAACUCUCUAGUUAAGAGGGUAAAAAUACAGUGAAUACAAUUUCAAGAGAUCUGAAAGCCGCCGUUACUCAUCUUGUUAUUGCAAGGUCUUUGCUUAAACCGUAUCUGUGUUUUUCUGUGCGUACUAGACCAAAUUGAAGAGAACAUCGCCUAGUGAGUUGUACUAAAUAUGUAUUUAAGUGUCCGUUACCUGCCUAGACAAGCAACUAAAUCAAAGUGUGUGUGCUAUGAAGCGGAGUUAGUCGCGCUUCAAGUGAUUAGGCUUAGCUAGUUCCAACAACCAACUAAAAUCAAAGUAAAAACAAACUACUGUUGUGCAUUAUUAUUGACCGAAGGGAUAAUCCUAGAUAUUUUGUAAGUGUUUUGUGAAAGCAACGUUGUCUAACCAAAUGAACUACUACUAUAAUCUAUUAUUAACCAGUUUAUACGUUUGUACUGUAAUUUAAUUGAGAUCGAGAGAGCGGAGAGAAAGAGAGUUAACUCAACGAAAGCAAAUCAAAAAUGAAUAAAAUCCUUUACACGACGAAUCUCUUUUUUGGUUGUCUCUGUGUGUGUGUUUUAAUAUAGUAAUUAAUAUAGUUAUUUUUAGAGAGUAGCCUCGAAAUAUUCUUGCACAUCAAGCUCCCCUAGAUUGUCCUACAUCCUUUCAAGUUUUCUUUAUAUUUAUAAACCCCUACACUAUCAACAUUAUUACAUCAUCAUUGAGCCACAAACCCCUCACAUAAUCAAUCUCACACACAACACUAACAUGUAUUCUAUUAUCUGUUCGAUCUUCUUUUAUCCA